AUGUUCAGCGAGCAUCGGCGCUGGCGACAGGGCAGCGGGCACCCUGAGCAGCUUCAGACUGCCCUUGCCAAGACACCUGAGGGGUUCUGUGCCUCAGGGCCCAAAGAGCCGGGUGCCUGCGAUGGCACGCGGGUUCUGCUUGUGCAAGGGGCCCGCUACCAGCUGGGAGCCGCCGAGCCAGAGGAGUACACGUUGGGGAUCUGCAGAGUAUUGGAUGAAAUAUUCGCGGAUGCCGGAGAUGAGGAGGCCCGGGUCACGGUGCUCAUCGAUGUACGCCGGGGCGAAGGCUGGCCGAAUCCACCGGCGAUCAAGCUCCUCCCCUUCAUCCAGGCCUGUGCUCGCAUCAUUUCGGCCCACUAUCCCGAGCGUCUUCGGCGCUUGAUCAUUUACCCGGUGCCCUGGGUUGCGACCGUGAUUCUGAAAAUUGUGAAGAAGCUACUGGACCCAGUAACCUUCAACAAGAUCGUGGCCAUUGCCGGGGACGACCAGAUUGGAUCUCUUUGUCCAGCGGCUGAGCUCCGAAAGUAUGUCGUGAAAGAAAGCUUGCCUGAGCAUGCUUGGCCGAUGCAUGACGGCCUUUGA